AUGCGCAUGCAGCUGCUGCAGCAGCCCCAAGGCAUUCAACUCAACGCCAGUCACCUCAAGCUUGCCGGGGGCCCUCACCAGGCAUUGCAGCAGAGAGAAGGAGUAAUACAUGAAGAGAUAAACCCUUAUGAUGCUAUUGAGAGAGAAUAUAAAGAAAAGAAGAAAACUGCUGCUCUGGAGCUGCGGAUGGGGAUGCUGAGGAGAGCAAAGGAAACAGAAGAAGCAAAAAAUGCAUUUCCUAUUGCUCUUCGGUUGCCUCACCCUGAGCUUGUUGCUGGCAUUACCUAUCGUCGCCUUGGCUCCCCAGUACCGGUGCCGCAUCAGCAGCAGCAGAAACAGCAGCAGCAGCAGCAGCAUAAGAAGCAGCAGCAGCAGCAGAAGCAGCAGCAGCAGCAGCAGAAGCAGCAGCAGCAGCAGCAGCAGCAGCAGCAGCAGGGGCCUCUAGUUAGCAGCCUGUGUGUGGGUACUUCUCUUAUAGGGGGAAAUAUAAUGCAAGACGAUGACUCAGCUCUGCGGAUGUUAUGUACAGCAUAUGAAGAAUAUGGUAUUAACUUCUAUGAUGUAGGUGAACUCGAUCCCCUGCCCCACGCCCCUCAGCACCACGGCAGCGGCCACCGCGGUGUGUUGCGGCAGUUCUUUAAGAAGUAUCGCAGCAUGGGGGGUGGGGGUGUGGAUGGGGGUUCAGCUGCAGCAGCAGCAGCAGCAGCAGCAGCAGCAGCACCAGCAGCAGGGGCAGCGGCCACCGCGGUGUGUUGCGGCAGUUCUUUAAGAAGUAUCGCAGCAUGGGGGGUGGGGGUGUUGAUGGGGGUUCAACUGCAGCAGCAGCACCAGCAGCAGCAGCAGCAGCAGCAGCAGCAGGAGCAGCAGCAGCAGCAGCAGGAGCAGCAGCUGAGGGGGAUAUGCGUGCAGAGGCGCAGCGUUUAUUUAUUUCUGAAGGACCUAGAAGCAGCAGUUGAUAGCAUGCUGCAGCGGCUGGGGAUCGAGUGCAUAGAUCUCCUCCAGCUGACAGACCCCCACCGCUACGUACCCAGUUUUUUGCUGGCAGCAGCAGCAGCAGCAGCAGCUGCAGCAGCAGCAGCUGCAGCAGCAGCUGCUGCUGCUGCUGCAGCUGCUGCUGCUCUAGCUGCUGCUGCUACAGCUAGAGAUGCAGCAGGGUGA